AUGGCUAAAAUAAUUUUUCUCUCAAUUUAUAUUGUGAUCAUAAAUUUUUGUAUAGUUUUAAGUGAUGAACAAUGUUUAUUAUCUGAUAAUAAUGAUCUAAUUGAUGAUUGUAAUUGUCGUAUAUCUGAUUUAAUUGAACUUAAUAAUCAACGUCUUUAUCCUUUAUUACAUAAAAUAGUAAAUAAAAAUUAUUUUCGAUUUUUUCCCGUUAAUUUAAGAAAAAAAUGUCUAUUUUGGUCCGACAAUAGUCAUUGUUCACGUCGAACAUGUGCAAUAAAACAAUGUCCAAUCGAAGAUUUACCUGAAUUAUUACGUGAUAAAAUUCUUCAUCCACCUGAAUCUUGUUUAGUAAAUCCUAAUAAUUCUUCACUUGGAUUAAUUAAUAAAAAUAUAAGUGAAGAACAUCAACAAACAAUUCAAAAUUGGAUUCAAUAUGAUGUACAAUCAGAAAAUUUUUGUGAUGUUGAUGAUGAAACAUCAACCGAUUUAGAAUAUAUUGAUUUAUCAAUUAAUCUUGAACGUUUUACUGGUUAUACAGGUCCAUCAACUCAACGAGUAUGGUCAGCAAUUUAUAAUGAAAAUUGUUUUUUUCUACCGGAUUCUAAAAUUUAUUAUGAUCUUAAACAAAAACGUUUAAAUGCACAUAAAAUGUGUGUUGAAGGACGAACAUUUUAUCGUCUUAUAUCCGGUCUUCAUACAAGUAUUACAGUACAUUUAUGUGCACAAUAUUUUUUUUCCAUAGUUGGGGGUGGUUAUACAGGUUCUGAUGGACGAUGGGGACCAAAUUUUGAUGAAUUUAAACGUCGUUUUGAUCCUGAAACAACAGGUGGUGAAGGUCCAAAAUGGUUAAAAAAUAUUUUUUUUAUUUAUUUAAUAGAAUUACGUGCGAUUUAUAAAGCACGAAGAUUUUUUAAAGGUCAAACAUUUUUUACAGGAAAUAAAACUGAUGAUUUACAUAUGAAAGAAUUAUUUACGAAACAAUUUAUAAAAGAAAUAAAACCAUAUGCAAAUUAUUUUAAUGAACAUAAUUUAUUUCAAAAUGGAAAUCGAUUAUUAAAAGCUGAAUUUAAAGAACAUUUUAGAAAUAUAAGUCAUAUUAUGGAUUGUGUUGGUUGUGAUAAAUGUAAACUAUGGGGAAAAUUACAAAUACAAGCAUUAGGUACGGCAUUGAAAAUUCUUUUUACGGAACAAACAAUACAAUUACAACGAUCUGAAAUUGUUGCACUUAUUAAUGGUUUUAAUCGAUUAUCAACAAGUAUAUAUCAUCUUGAACAUACAUUUAAAACAUGUAUUAAGAAAGAUACUUAG